AUGAGAAAUAAUUAUAUUUUGUUGGUUAUAAUUUGCCUUAAUUAUGUUUAUACAUAAAACUAGGUUCCAACUUAUAGCUAGUUUAAAGAUUGUCUUUUGUAAUGUUAGCAUCCUUGCAUAGGUUAAGAAUGCAUUUAAAAUUAAGAUCAUCAAUUCAUCAGCUGCUACAGCUAAUCUGAUGAAUGUCAUAAUUGGAAUAGCGAUUAUUUCAAUUCUUUAAAUACUAAAACACUUGAUACAUAACUAUUUAAAUUAUGCUUCGAUAAAUGUUAACCUUAACGUAGCGAUUCUAUAUUCUCUAAGAUGUACAAUUGCUGGAGAAAAUGUGCUUUAGGAGAUGAAAAAAAAUGA